GUAUGUAUUUCAUUAGAGGAAAUGCGAACGUCUAAGCUUUGGCUGACUUCCUGUUUAGAGCUCGAGUGUCGAGUAGUACGAAGGUAUGUUUGUCGGAAGAUAAAGAUUACAGCUGGGCAUAGAAGGAGAAAAAUCGCUCCCAAGAUGAGCUGGUUCAAGAUUGGACAACCAAAAAAGCAGAUUGUCUCUAAAACUGUUGAAAGAGAUUUUGAGCGAGAAUAUGAUAAGCUACAAAAACUGGAGGAUCAGACAAAGAAGCUCCACAAAGACAUGAAGAAAAGCACAGAAGCGGAUUUAGCCAUGUCCAAAGCAGCUGUGAAGAUCUCCGUGGAUCUGCUGAACAACCCGCUGUGUGAGCAGGACCAGGCGUUCCUGGAGGCCAUGAAUGCUUUAGAUACAGCCAUGAAAAGGAUGGAUUCAUUUAACCAGGAGAAGGUCACCCAAAUUCAGAAGACUGUUAUCGACCCUCUGAAAAAGUACAGCGGCGUCUUCCCCAGCCUCAACAUGGCGGUGAAACGUCGGGAGCAGGCCCUGCAGGACUACAAGCGUUUGCAGUCUAAAGUGGAGAAGUAUGAAGAGAAGGACAAAACCGGGCCCGUCAUGGUGAAGCUGCAUCAGGCAAAAGAAGAGCUCCGACCAGUCAAGGAAGACUUUGAGGCGAAGAACAAGCAGCUGCUGGACGAGAUGCCCAAGUUCUACCAGAGCCGCAUCGACUACUUCCAGCCAAGCUUUGAGGCUCUUAUCCGGGCGCAGGUGGUCUAUUUCACUGAAAUGUACAAGAUCUUCAAUGAUUUAACGGACCAGAUCGACCAGGCAGGCAUGACCGACGACCAGAGGCAGAAGGAGACCGAGGCCAAGCUUAGCGAGUUGCGGGCUCUGUCCAUUGUUGCAGACGACUGAGAAUGGAGGGCCGAACGUUGGGAAGUGCUCUUUUCAUGCCUUUCUGAAUGGAUUUUGCUCUUUUCAAAGUUCAGACGGACUGCAUUGGCCUUAACUUGAUUAUCAGUUUGUUUCCUCGUGGCCUCAUCAACCCCCCAUCUUUAUUUGCAUGACACUCUGUUUCUUUGUCUGUACAUAAACUCAAAGCAGCCCAGUGCUGCAAAAAACGGAUCCAUCAACCAAGUGCAAGAAAAGCCAAGAAGUUGUUGUGUUUUUUUUAUUUAAGCGAAGGAUUCGCAUCAAGUUUAUAUUAUAGGUGAGAGAUAAUCAUCAGAUUUUAAGUCAGCGUUAAAAGUAUAAACGGGGGCCUUAAUUACUCUCACUAACAAUGUUACUAACAGUCUGACAAAGAUAAAUAAACACUAAAAUGAAUAAUUUUGUAACAAACUGCAGGUUAAAGGAAACACUAGUUCUUUAACUUGAUUUCAUGUUAUUUUAGGUUAAGCUCUGUGCCACGAGGGAAAAUAAUUUACAUUGUUGAUAUCUGUUACAACUACUGUGUCCACAUUGUCCCUCAAAGGAAGAAGAAAUCAUCUAUAAUAGAAUUAUAACUACCUUGUAAAGUGGAUGGCUCGGAAUGAUGGAAGACGUUUGCCCAGAUCUGUAAGGCUUGGGACCCCCUCUAGUGGUCACUUCAGGCUAUAACAUUUAGAGUUCACAACAUCCACUGUUCUUUUAUCGUUAGUAGUGGGUAGUUUUGUUUAUUAGCACAGGACCUCACACAAUAUUGGCUUUCUAGAGUGUCCUUUCUGUUCCUCAACACCAGGGAUUGAAGCCAGUGUUUUGUUUUUGGCUUCUUAGUUUGGGACCAAAUCCUUCUGCCAUUGCACUCAUUUGUUCCAGUUGAUGAAUCAUGGUCAAGGUAAAAAGCACUACGGGAUGUACAUGGAGAUAUUCUAAUGUCACUUUGUUUUUUAUAAGGUUUUAUACCUUGUUAACUUAUUUGUUUUUUCUUUUACAUCCUUGAAGGAACUGCUAAAUCUUUUUUCAUGCUGGGGGAUCACUUGUGAUUUGUGAAAACAUUUUGGUUGUAAUUUUUCAUCAACUUUCAGUGAAAUUUAUCACAAUCUUUAUUUAAUUAGCACCAAAAGCAAUCAUGUAAUAUAAGAUGAGUACAAAAUUAAUUUCUUAAUAGAUAUUUUAAAGUAAAAAAAAAAUCCAGUUGUAAUAGAUUAUUCUUUUUAUUUAUUACAAUUCUCUGCAGAUUAAAAUGCCAAUUUUUCCAGUUUGUUUAUGGAGAAUUAUAGUCAUUUACAUGAUUAGCUAAUACAGCUGUAGCGUACAAACCUCCAGUUAAUGCACAUUUUAUGAGAACCAUGUACACAUGCCACAUUCCCUUAGGAAAAUAGUGCAAUGUAAAGAAAAUGUUAAUUUUAUGACCUUUUUUAUGUGAUUCUACAAUUAAAGAAUUAGUGUUCCCAAAACGUUGUCUUGUGAGUCAUGGAGUUAACUUUAAAUGGAAAGAAAACUGAGAUUAAAGGAAAAAAAAAAUCUCUCUUAAAGCAACAGCAUGUUCAACAGGAAGCUUUCUGUUUGAUGCACUACAGGAAUUUGGGGACUGUUUUCUCGGUUGAUGGUUUUUCCCUUAACGGAUGUUACUGUCGAGUCAAAGUGGCAUCUUGCUGUACAUGCUCGACAGCUGUUCCUGGAAGACUUUGCGGAUGUCGUUGCGUCUGCUUUUCAGGGUUGGCGUGAGAAGUCCGUUGGCGAUGCUGAACAUCUCCGGAUGCAAAUAAAGAUCCUUUACCUGA